AUGUCUCAAACUCAUGCGACAAGUGACUCUUAUGACAUGAAACAUGUUCUUGAAGCAUUAACAGGCGCCAUUGAUCGCAUGGCUCAGAGAAUUGAUACACUGGAGGAUAAGGUGGAGCAAUCAACCCUAGGCAAGAAUGCCUCCAAGAGACCACCAUAUGUGGAGGAGUUAGGUGAUUCGAACAAUGAGGAGGACAUGGCAGAUGGAAACCGAUUCCGGCAUUAUAAACGCAUCCCUAAUCAAGGGGAUGAUGAACUAAAGGGAAUCAAGUUCAAAAUUCCUACCUUCCCAGGGAAGUCGGACUCUGAAGCAUAUUUGGAAUGGGAGAGGAAGAUUGAGAUGCUCUUUGACUGCAACCACUACUCAGAGUCCCAAAAAGUGAAGUUGGCAACCAUUGAGUUCACUGAAUACACAGCCGUUUGGUGGGAUCAGAUUCGCACCAGACAAAGGAGAAAUGAAGAACCACUCAUUCGCACUUGGGAAGAACUCAAAAGGAUCAUGAGGAAGCCCUUCAUACCAGCGUAUUACCACAGGGAUUUGCACCAUAAAUUGCAAACUCUCACCCAAGGAAGUUUGACAGUUGAGGAUUACUUCAAGAAGAUGGAGAUGGCCAUGCUACGGGCUGAUGUUCGGGAGGAUAUAGAAGCAACCAUGGCACGUUUCUUGAGAGGACUACACGCUGAAAUUGCCGAUGUUGUGGAGCUCCAACAUUAUCUUGACAUGGAUGAAUUAUUGGACAAAUCUGUGAAGGUGGAAAGGAGGCUCAAGAGGAGGGGUAUUCCCCACCAAAGCUCCAGCGUCCAAUUUGGAAAUUGGAGAACUCCACCAUAUAAAGGCGAGAUUACCCACACGAGCGAGCAAAAGUCAGCCACGGCAAGUGGGAUUUCGAAUGGAGUAUGGGUGCCUGGUUCGUCAUCUUCAAAACCGACCCAAAGGGCCGAAUUUAAGGCUGAUCUAGGGGCAUCUAAACCUAGAAACCACGACACUAAGUGCUUUAAGUGUCAAGGUUUCGGCCACAUCGCGUCCCAACGCCCAAACCGAAGGGCCAUGCUCAUGCUUCCAAGUGGUGAAGUGCUAACGGAUGAGGAGGAUGAGUAUGAAGGCAUGCCACCAUUGGUUGAGAAAGAAGAGAUAAUUGCCCCUAACCAACCAGUUGGACUAGGCCUUGUUACAAGGUUGGCAUUGAGUGCUCAACGCACAAAUGAAGAAGAGCAGCGUACCAACAUCUUCUACACCCGAUGUCUAGUUAACGGGAAAGUUUCUGUGAAGUUUAACAUUGGGAGAUAUGAGGAUGAGUUGGUAUGUGACGUGGUUCCUAUGCAAGCUGCCCAUCUUAUUCUUGGAAGACCUUGGCAAUUUGAUUGUGAGGUUACUUAUGAAGGUUGUUCGUGGUCAGAUAUCCUUCAUCUUGCAGUGUGCAAUACCCGCAACCAUAGAAAUCUGCGAAGAGAGUUUGCUGGUCAAGUAAUUCCAACCAACACUAGUCGAGUUACAUUGGCCUUUGAUGCAGUUUUUGCACGUCUUGAUGCGUACAACUCGCAGCCCAACCAAACCUUGGUUCACCGGGCAUCCGCUCACGAUCCACUCAUAGGGUUGAGACGUCGCUUGUGUGACCAUUUUCAUGGAAAUCGUGCUAUCCGCAACAUGUAUCUACCACCACCACGAGUUGUCCUUGUUCCACACAAGGAUGUCAUGAUCAUUCUUCGCUUAAGACGGCGACAUGCAGGCUGCUUGAACGAAGUACAGAGGCUGCAACUUGAGGCUCGAAUUUGA